AGGCGGAAGUGACGACAGAGCGCUGUGAUUGGGUGGCGUGGCGGAGAGGAAGCGGUACAUUCGCUGUCAGAAUACUGUCGCCAGUCACCCUGGCCUCUGGAGACCCGUUCGCUUCAGCCUCCGCCUCUGGCAAUCAAAGUGUACGGAUGUCAUCCACCCGACUCCUGCUACGGAUCUGAGCUGCGGGCCGCCGCCCGGAUGGGCCCGCCCGAGCGCUCUAAAAUCUCCAGGGACUGUUGAAUUGCCAAAGAGUUUGGGCCACAAGCUGAAGUUCCCAUUCCAUGGAUCCCUUGGGUGCACCUUCCCAGUUUGUGGAUGUGGACACCCUGCUAAGCUGGGGUGACUCAUAUGAAGAUGAAGUAAACACCUCUGACGGCACAGCUGAGGCAUUCCAGGAAGACACAAACAGAUCGCCUUUUCUUUAUAAUCGGGACAUUAAUGGAAAAGUGGUUCUUUGGAAAGGAGACGUGGCAUUACUGAACUGUACAGCCAUUGUGAAUACCAGCAAUGAAAGCCUCACAGAUAAGAACCCUGUGUCAGAGAGCAUCUUCAUGCUUGCGGGGCCAGAUUUGAAGGAAGACCUACAGAAACUUAAAGGUUGCCGAACUGGUGAAGCAAAAUUGACAAAAGGCUUUAACCUAGCUGCUCGGUUCAUCAUUCACACUGUGGGACCUAAGUAUAAGAGCCGCUAUCGCACUGCAGCAGAGAGUUCGCUCUACUUCUGUUACAGAAACGUGCUUCAGCUGGCAAAAGAACAGUCCAUGUCUUCUGUUGGCUUCUGUGUCAUCAAUUCUGCAAAGCGAGGUUAUCCACUAGAGGAUGCAACACACAUCGCUCUUCGUACUGUGAGGCGGUUCCUAGAGAUCCAUGGGGAAACCAUUGAAAAAGUAGUAUUUGCUGUCUCAGAACUCGAAGAGGCCACUUACCAAAAGCUGCUACCUCUGUACUUCCCAAGGUCAUUAAAGGAGGAGAGCCGGUCGUUGCCGUACCUACCUGCAGACAUUGGAAAUGCAGAAGGGGAGCCCGUGGUACCUGAGCGGCAAAUUAGGAUCAGUGAGAAACCUGGUGCUUCAGAGGACAAUGAAGAAGAAGAUGAGGAUGAAGGCUUGGGAGUGGAUCUGUCUUUCAUUGGCUCUCAUGCUUUUGCUCGAAUGGAAGGAGAUAUUGACAAGCAAAGAAAAUUGAUCCUCCAGGGACAGUUGUCCGAAGCUGCCCUGCAGAAGCAGCAUCAAAGAAAUUAUAAUCGAUGGUUAUGCCAAGCAAGAUCUGAAGACCUAUCUGAUAUUGCUUCUCUGAAAGCUUUAUACCAAACAGGUGUAGAUAACUGUGGCCGCACAGUGAUGGUGGUAGUUGGAAGAAACAUUCCUGUGACAUUGAUAGAUAUGGACAAGGCCCUCUUGUAUUUUAUCCAUGUAAUGGAUCACAUUGCUGUGAAGGAAUAUGUAUUGGUGUAUUUCCACACACUGACCAGCGAAUACAAUCACCUGGACUCUGACUUCCUGAAGAAACUCUACGAUGUUGUUGACAUCAAAUACAAGAGGAAUUUGAAGGCCGUUUAUUUCGUUCAUCCAACAUUCCGUUCAAAGGUCUCAACAUGGUUUUUCACCACCUUUUCUGUCUCAGGAUUGAAGGACAAGAUCCACCACGUAGACAGCCUGCAGCAGCUCUUUUCUGCCAUAUCUCCUGAACAGAUAGACUUCCCUCCUUUUGUCCUUGAAUAUGAUGCCAGGGAAAAUGGGCCUUAUUUUGCAUCUUAUCCUCCAUCACCAGAUUUGUGACCUUCCGCCUUCCCAGUGCUUCUUGGUCACAGGAUUCCAUUUCACCACCACUCACCACCUAUUGAAGUGAUGUUCAUUUUUGCUGUACAGAUCCAGAGAGCUUUUGUCCCCACCUCUCUGGUAUUUUUGUAUUGACUAUAUAUUUUCUGGACAUAAACAAUCUAAAACUGGUAGGCCAUUCUGAACUGCAUACAUUUUAAAUUUGUAUAUUUGUAUCAAAUGGAAAUGCUCAUUUUUAGAGCAUUAGUAGAAACUGGGGAUCAAUUUUUGAGUGUCUUCAGUUUCCUGGAGGAUGCUGGACUCUGUCACACAGGCCACCAACGUUGCUCACAUCAUCUCUUACAGUGCACGUUUCCGGACUCUGUUACAAGGCCACCAACAUUGUUCAUAGCAUCUCUUAAACAGUGCACGCUCUCUUUGUGUAUUUAAGUGUUUCUCAAAAUAUAUAGAACCAGUGUAUGCUGAACGCAUGCAUUGUUCCCUCAUGUCCUAGCUUUAAUACCAUUUACAUUCUAUACAGACCAUCUGAUUAUAAUAUAGAAUUGCCCAUGACCAAGAAUAUUGAAAUGUGUCUGAUCAAAACUGUAAAAACCUUCAACAAAACAUAGAACUCACAAAUUGUUGGCACAAGGUAAGGCUGAGCUGUAAGUGCUUCUUGGAUUACCUGCUUUGUUCAGAUCAACACUGUUCUGAUCUCAGAGUGUGGAGAACAUGAAGACUGUAUCUUCAACUCUUUCCUAUAAUCAUGUGACUGGUCUCUUUAUCAAAAGAAUGUUUGUGCUACCAGCACUCCUAAGUAAAGAGAAUUCCCAGGACUACAUCCCUGACCACAUUGCUGUCUUCUCAAAGUCAUAAAUGAUUACAUUGCUUCAUUA